UAUAUUAUAGAGAACUGUCCUUUUGAGGAUCAUAGUUAUUCACUGUUCCAUUUUUCUAGUCGGACUUUUUGCUUGGGUUGAUACGACUGUUGCGAACUAUAAUAGUACUAAUUCUUGGUGGUGUAAAGCGUCUUAUCAAAAUAAUCCAUUUUCAUGGAAUGAACCAAGUUAUGAUUCUUAUAUAUCGUCUCCAGCUGUUCUAUCUGAUGAGGACACAGAAGCAUCCUCCAUAAUGCCACUGCCCACAACUGCUUCAACAACAACGAGUGCCAACACAUCACAAGCUUCAACAUCGGAGGAAAUAGUCUUGCCUAAAACGUCCACUAUCACACCGACAACAGCAAGUGCUGGUCAGGAGCUACAACAGAAAUCGUUUCGUCGUACGCAUCAGCAACUAUCAUUCUCCACAGUGGAUGAUAUUUCUGGAAUUAAGCAGUACUUCUGCAGUACUGAGAAACUACAACGAACAGUUCGUAAAAAUCGAAACAGGCUGGCCAGUAGAAAAAAUGCUGGGGAAAUUAGUCGAAAUGUAGCAUUAAACAGUAUUUGUAAUGAAACUUCCAAAUCAACGUACGAGUGUUUUUGUGGAGAAGGAUGGUCCAGCGUGCACUGUGAAAAAAAGAUCGACUACUGUACAGAACUGAACGUUAGCUGUCAAAACAAAGGUAUCUGUGCUCCACUCUUCAAAGAUUUUGAAUGCUGUUGUCUUACAGCUGACACAUGGGGACGGUACUGUGAAGAACAGAGUACCAGCAGUUUGAUGAUGAAAGAUGUACGACGAGGAUUGGGUUGCAUUGCAUGGGCAGCAUUGGGAAUUGUUGUUGGAUUCUUCGUUGUAAUGGAUAUCUUGAAGUAUGGGUUUGGUACCGACCCCGUCGAGCAAGAACGUCGUCGAAAGCACUGGGAAAAAGCGAUGCGAGAACAGGUCAAGCGUCGACAGGUUCAAAUGGCUCGAGAUAGGAAUGGCAGAGGACGGCAGCAACGACGACCACAAAUUGCAUUACGACUGCGUUAUGUCGGUGGUGACACCAAACUCGAACCACCAAUGCCGGAUACAGCUACUUUGGAAUAA